AUGCAAAAUAUGGAGCCCGUGAAUGAUGUUAUUACACCCCCUACUCUCGAGAAUUACAGAUUCAUGGGUCCGAUUGGCAAAGGUUCCUUCUCAGUAGUCAAGAUUGUGGAAGAUUCUGUUUCCGGGCAACUUUUUGCUGCGAAAAUUAUUCCAAAAAACAAAUUAGUUGCUUCAAACUUAUCCGAAAGAUUCGAAACCGAAAUCAGAAUAAUCCGUCAGCUAAACCAUCCGGGCAUUGUACAAUUAUAUGAUUUAUUCAAAGAUGAAAAUAAUUAUUAUAUCAUAAUGGAGCUCUGUUCCAACGGAGAACUGUAUGAGCAAAUCAUCGAAAAUGAGAGACUAUCAGAAAUAGAAGCAAAAUAUUACAUGAAACAGAUUCUUGAAGCUUUAUGUUACGUUCAUAAUCUUGGCAUCUGUCAUCGCGAUAUCAAACCAGAAAAUAUUCUACUCGAUGAGCAAGGUCAUGCAAAAAUAUCCGAUUUUGGCCUUUCAAGAUUCGUAACUGCUGUUGGACUUGCAGAAACACCAUGUGGAUCUCCAUGUUACGCUUCUCCUGAGUGCAUAAGAGGUGGAUCGUAUGAUGGCAGAAAGAGCGACAUGUGGAGCUGCGGCGUACUCUGUUUCGCAAUGCUUACAGGCCAAUUACCGUGGACAAAAAGAAACCAAUCUCAAUUGUUCGAUCAAAUUCAAAAAGCCGAUUACUCAAUACCAUCUUAUGUUUCUGAGCUCGGAAAAAGAUUCAUUCGUGGUUUAAUGGAUCCAAACCCAGAAACAAGAUUAAACGUCGAACAAGCGUUAUCUCAUCCAUGGUUACAGUCAGCUCCUUCUCAUAAGUCUGUUACAGCGCCAAAAAAGCUUUCCGUAAGCCUCAGACAAGUCGAUAAGUUUUUCGAUAGAGAUACAAGUUCAAAUUACCUCGGGGAACUUCCUCUUUAUAAAUGCGCAAGCGUUACAUGCGGACCAAUCGAACGAUCCUUAGGUGGAGUCUAUUCUAACGAAAAAACUCAAUUAAGACAAACAGCGAGAGUUACAGCUAAUCAAUUACUAUUCAAGAAGCCUUCUCAUUGCAAUGGAAUUACAUCUAGACCCGUUUGA